GAUAAGAGUAGUAGAAUAUGGUGGUAGUUGCUGGAAGGAGUUUUGGUGUUAUCUUCUGCUUCGGUGGUUCUUCUCUUCCUGCGACCAAAACUCCAAGGAAGUUUGGGACAACAACGUUGGCAAAGAGGGACGAGGUUCAAGAGAACAGCAAGAGUGAAAAGCGAUCCUUUUUCUCACUGAAGAUUUCAAAAUCAUUUCUUGCUCGAACUGCUAUUGGAGUGUUUGGGUUGGGGUUCAUUGAUGCUGGGUACAGUGGAGACUGGUCAAGGACUGGAGUGAUAACAACACAGAAUGAGGAAUUGCUUAGGCUUGCAGCUUUUCUAGUAGUUCCCUUGUGUAUAUUUCUCAUUGUUUCUCUACCCGUUGAUUCAGAUUCGUAUACUUCUUAAUUCUGCAUGAGUUUAAUGUGCAUAAAUUGUAUGUUUAAGUAUUUCAACAUUUCUUGUUGGGUAUGAAUUGUUGCUUUAAA